CUCCAGAUGGCGAUUCUGGUCACGUGAUCUACCGCGCCUUGUCUUCUCUUUCAUCCCUCGCAGUGCUGUCUUGUCUUGCCAUCAACCUACAACCAUCUCCUUCAUUGUCGGCCUCGUCCCUUCGUCUGUUUUAUUGCGCUUGCGAGAACGCCGUUGUGGCUCUUGCGAUUGUCUAAUUCUCCAGGUCCAUAGUCGAGGCCCCAGUUCUCUUCCCAAGUCUCAACUCACGCUUUCCCAGGCUUUGCUGCCUCGGGACGCGCCUCUGCUAGACUCACCAAUACUUCACCUACCACCUCGUCACUCACCGACUUUUCCACCAUGUCUCACGAAGAGGAUCUUAUCGAUUACUCCGAUGAGGAGCUCCAGACGACCGAUGCCGCGACGACAGCCGCCGCACCGGCUGCUUCCAACGGUGCCGCUGCAAAGAAGGGCGAUCUGACUGUGUCAGGCGGUCGCCCAGACAAGAAGGGCAGUUAUGUCGGCAUUCACUCCACCGGUUUCCGUGACUUCCUGCUCAAAGGAGAGCUUCUGCGUGCGAUCACCGAUUGCGGUUUCGAACAUCCAUCGGAGGUCCAGCAAGUUUGCAUUCCCACGGCCAUCCUCAAUGUCGAUGUUCUCUGCCAGGCAAAGUCUGGUCUCGGAAAGACGGCAGUCUUCGUUCUCACCACCCUCCACCAGCUGGAGCCAGUUCCGGGCGAGGCCCAGAUCCUCGUCAUGUGCCACACCCGUGAGUUGGCGUAUCAGAUCAAGAACGAGUACGCACGAUUCAGCAAGUAUCUUCCGGAUGUGAAGACGGCCGUGUUCUACGGAGGUACUCCCAUCCAGAAGGACAUUGAGCUUCUGUCCAACAAGGAGACCUACCCCAACAUCGUUGUCGGCACGCCCGGUCGAUUGAACGCCCUAGUGCGUGAGAAGAAGCUGUCUCUGCGCAGCGUUAAGUGCUUCGUUCUUGAUGAGUGUGACAAGAUGCUCGACCAGAUCGACAUGCGCCGCGAUGUCCAGGAAAUCUUCCGUGCUACCCCUGCCGACAAGCAGGUCAUGAUGUUCAGUGCGACCCUCUCGCAGGAAAUCAGACCUGUCUGCAAGAAGUUCAUGAGAAACCCGCUUGAGGUCUAUGUGGAUGAUGACACCAAGCUCACACUCCACGGUCUCCAGCAGUACUACAUCAAGCUCAGCGAGGCCGAGAAGAACCGAAAGUUGAACGAGCUGCUCGACAGCCUCGAGUUCAACCAGGUUAUUAUCUUUGUCAAGAGCACGCUGCGUGCAAACGAGCUGGACAAGCUCUUGAGAGAAUGCAACUUCCCCAGUAUUGCGGUCCACUCUGGUGUCAGCCAGGAGGAGCGUAUCAAACGUUACAAGGAGUUCAAGGAGUUCAACAAGCGUAUCUGCGUUGCCACUGACGUGUUCGGCCGUGGUAUCGAUAUUGAGCGCAUCAACCUCGCCAUCAACUACGAUCUCCCCGCUGAUGCGGAUUCCUAUCUCCACCGUGUCGGUCGUGCCGGUCGUUUCGGUACCAAGGGUCUGUCGAUCUCUUUUGUCAGCAGCGAGGAGGACGAGAAGGUGCUGAAGGAGAUCGAGAAGCGAUUCGAGGUUGCUCUCCCUGAGUAUCCCGAGGGUGGUGUUGAUUCCAGCACCUACAUGGCCUAAGCAUCCCGUAGAUGCUGUCUUUUAUCCUCUUCUGGCGCGACGGCCGGGUUGUGAUAUUAUGUUUCGUCUUAUUUGCAACCACUGGAUCAGGAUGUGAAGGAUAUCAGUUGCGAGAGGGGCUGUGCCUCAUAGGAACGUCCUGAAAUAGGAAAAAAAAAGGAAAACCUUGAUGAUGUACUGGGUAUGGAGCAGGUAAUUAAUUUAGCUGAUCGCGGACUUAUGCGUUGGUGCCAUUCCUUUGCGGUAUAUGUCUCUGUGUGUCUGUAUGAUUUGGUAAAGCAAAUAGUCGUUUUGCAGGUCAUCAUUGCACCCGCGUAGCAAGGUUGAUAAGGAUAACGCAAGUAAUGCUAAGUCGGUCAGUCUUCCACCGCGGGAGCCCGUCUCAGCGGCGAUGUAUACACAACACGUAAUUUCCAAGUGUCCAUCUUCAAAAGA